AUGGUGGAUGGUGGCUCUUAUAUAAGCAUCGGCGACAUGUACAAGGGCAACAAAAUAAUUCUCCCAGACCGAUGGAAGGGCAAGGGGCUUUCGGUGCCCCAACUCCCCAAGAACGCGGAGAACGGCAACUUCAGCCGGCUCGAGUACAGAAGUGAGCCGUAUGCAGACAUGGAGAAAUUCUCCAAGACCCAGCCGCUGGACAAGAGGAAGCUUGGCUUUGGCACGAAGGAUGCCUUUCGUCCGGGCGAGUUCACGGCGACCAUCCGAACGGAGCAGUACCGUGAUCUUCUCCGGGCCGAGAAGAACAUCAUGGAGAAGCACCGCGACCCCGCCAAGGACCAGGCUGCAGCCCAGAAGUACGAGAAGGACUGUGCGGAGCAUCGAGCGUUUCCCGACGGCUUGAAAGAAAUCGAACACCUUUACGACGUCGGCCGCAGCCAGGUGACCGAGUUUGACCCCAAGAACUCACGGGACAGGUUCUACACGCUGUCUAUUGGCCAAGAGAAACGGCGGGGCCCCUAUCGCACAAUGGCUCAGGACAUCGGAUCCGGCGCUUGGGGGCACACGUACCAGUCGCCGGAGCACGGGCCCAUCCACCACGUCAAGUUCUUCUACGACAAGAGCCACCUUUCCUUACCGCAGAGCUAA